AUGGCCGCCAUACUUGAAAAAGUUGCUAAAGUUGCUGCUUCGCUUGGUGUUGCAGCAAGCUUGUUACAAUUUAGCAUAUAUGAUGUUAGGGGAGGACAAAGAGCAGUGAUAUUUGAUCGUAUUAAGGGAGUUAAAGAUACAUCAGUUGGUGAAGGGACACAUUUUCUUGUCCCAUGGUUACAACGUGCCAUAAUUUACGACGUUCGUACAAAACCACGUAAUAUUGCAACAGCAACUGGUUCAAAAGAUAUGCAAGCAGUCAGUUUGACUUUACGUGUACUCCAUAAACCAGUUAUUCAACAAUUACCUCACAUCUAUCAAACCUUGGGUUUAGAUUAUGAUGAAAGAGUAUUACCAUCAAUUGGUAAUGAAGUGUUAAAGGCAGUUGUUGCACAGUUUGACGCAAUUGAAUUAAUCACACAGCGUGAAGUGGUGUCCUCAAAAAUACGUGAAGAUCUUGUAAAGCGAUCUAGAGAAUUCAAUAUCGAGUUGGAGGAUGUUUCUAUUACACAUAUGACUUUUAGCACUGAAUUUACACAAGCUGUAGAAAAGAAACAAAUAGCAGAACAAGAUGCUGAAAGAGCGAAGUUUAUUGUUGAAAAGGCUGAACAAGAAAAACAAGCAGCUAUUAUUCGUGCAGAAGGAGAAGCAGAAGCUGCAGAUAAAAUUAUAAAAGCUCUAGAUAAAGGCGGUGAAGGAUUGGUACAAUUACGUCGUAUAGAAGCAUCCAAAGAAAUUGCUGCGACAUUGGCCAAUUCGCGAAAUAUAAUGUAUAUACCUAGUGGUGCAAAUGGUGGUGGUGGAUCUAAUUUAUUGUUAAAUUUAGACACUAUUGAUACUACUGAAAAAUUUAUUGAUAAUGGUGGUAGUGAUGUUAGAUCAUCGACCAGUCAGCAAUUAACAGAACCUACACAAUCUCCAUCAAACACUACAGUUUCAACCCCAAAGCCAAAUCCAAUAUAUUCAGCGGUAUAUUCCGGUGUACCAGUUUAUGAGUUUCUUGUCAAAGAUGUUGCUGUUAUGCGUAGACGUCCAGAUUCUUAUUUGAAUGCAACACAAAUUUUAAAAGUGGCAGGUCUGGAUAAGGGUAAACGCACAAAGAUCAUAGAGAGAGAAGUAUUAACAGGUGAACAUGAAAAAGUACAAGGAGGUUAUGGAAAAUAUCAAGGAACUUGGAUCCCUUUUGAAAAGGCUCUAACAUAUUCAGAACCUGUUAGUGAAUCAGCAACAGCAGCCAAUUCACCACCACCUGAAAUUGAUGAGAGUGAACGACUCCGGAAUAUUUUAAUGACGAUAUUUUUGAAUGAGGAACCAGAAUCAAUACUAGACUUAUUGGUUCCUCAAAAUUUAUCUGAACCUGACAUAAAUAUGGUGAUUGAUAUUCAUGGGAAUUCUGCGAUACAUUGGGCUGCAUGUUUAGGAAGAGUAAAUAUCUUGGAAAUGUUGUUGAAGAAAGGUGCUAGUCUACAACAAGUGAAUUAUGACGGAGAGACUGCUUUGAUCAGAUCUGUAUUUGUGAUAAAUAAUUAUGAUUCCCAGUCAUUUCCACAAGUGGUAAAACUACUUCAUGACACAAUCCCAAUUACUGAUAAAGAUGAUCGAUCGGUGUUACAUCAUAUCGCAAUGUCUUCAGGCGUUAGAGGGCAUGCAGUAGCAUCAAAAUAUUAUAUGGAUUGUUUAGAGAAAUGGUUUCAAUCAAAUGUUUGCGGAUUUCUCAAUACUAUUUUGAACAUUCAAGAUAAAAAUGGUGAUACUGCAUUAUGUAUUGCUGCAAGAGUAGGAAAUAAUGAAUUAGUUGAAAAAUUGACCAGAAUGGGCGCUAACACUGAUAUUCAAAAUAAACUUGGAUUGAAACCUUCCGAUUUUGUUUUUAAUCAACAUGAUAAUGCUGAUGAAGAUGAAGAAAAUAUGGAGGAUGUAAAGGAAGAAGAUAUGGAUAUAGAUAUGAUUCAAGAAAAUGUAUCGGAUUUCUUUUCUCAAUCAAUUACACCAUUUGUUAGUAAUCGUAGGAAAUCUAGAGAAGUUGUUUCAGCAUUGCAAAAACUUGUGGAAGAUGCAGAGAAUGAAUGGAUAGUACAACUUAAGGUUAAAGAAGAUGAAUUAUUUAAUGCUCAAAGUAGAUUUAAUGAUCUGACAAGACAACUUAUUGAUUUGAAGCGAUCAUUACAAUAUUAUCGUCAAAAUGAAAAGGAAUACAAUAACACAGAAGAAUACUUGAAGUUUCUGGAACAAGUAAUUAAUGAAGUAGAAGAAGAAGAUAAUGAUUCUAUACAUAAGAAACAUAGGAUAAAUCAUGAUGAUAAUGUAUUAUUAAAUAAACCUGCAGUAAUAGGUUCGGCUGUUAACGUUGAAAUUACUCCCACCAGUAAUGGCAACGAAAAUGAAAUGUCUGAAAAAGAACUGAAAACACUUCAAGCUCAAUUAUCAGCAUAUCGAGUUGACAAAGAUUUACUUCAACGUGAAAUUGAAAAAUUACAAGAGAAGUCAUUAAGUGCAGAGUUGCAAUACAAACAAAUUAUUUCCACUUGUUGUAAAAUUGAUCUUGAUAAAGUGGAUGAUUUUGUGGAAACUAUAUUGGGAGAAGUUGAUAAUGAUCUUGAAGACGAAUUUAGUUUGGGAAGGAUAGGAGAAAUAUUGGGUAAAUUGGAUAAAGAAGCUUCGCAAUUGUAA